CUUUAGUAUUAGUAUUUCAGUGCCCGAAAACUUGAGUCACACGAAAUCACAUCUGUGACAGUUUAUGGCGUCAGUCAAUCUACUUGUAAGUUUGAUUAUAUUUCUAUGUUGUUUCUUCACUCGUGUAUUGCCAAUCUCUGUUUAUGCCUCAGAAUUGUUUUGAAGCGCAAAACUGGGUGGUUGGCAAUUAGCUACGUUUGGAAAUAGCCCUCAUUUCAAGUUAUUGAGCUUUUGGCUCCGUCGCUGAGGUACAAGAAUAGACCCAUCGAGCCUGCCUUGAGGUCAGAGCUGACAGCUACCUGUUUGUUGCCAUAUCAGCCUACCUUCAAUCAUCCCCAAACCUGCUGUCAACCCCUCAGGUGGAGAGGCUGGCCCACAGCCAAUCAUGAGCAUGGGUGGGUCUAACAGGAGAGUGAGAGCCACAGACACGAGAGAGAGUGAGAAAAUGACCGUGUAAAGCACAGCGUUGAGAUUGUAGGAGGGAUUCAGAGGAACAAGAUCAGCCAGAGAGAGUCUGCAGGGAUUCAUACAGAGAGAGAGAGACUGUGAGAGUGAAAAAGAGAGGCAGAGUGUGUGUGUGUGCUAGCGAGCCAAGGUCUUUUCGGAGCUAAACAUAGCAAGGUUGGAGGCAGUGUCAGUGUACAGUAGAUGUGACUCGUAUUUGCCAGCGCUGUUUGAGGCCAGCAACUCUUCUCGCCAUGCAUAUUCUACACUCGCACUGCGUCAUAAGGUGGAUCGAUGGCCCGAAAAGGAAAAGAAAGAACAGUUCAUGUUCUGUGAAGAGCAUGUCUGAAAUGAAUGGAUACGGACAGACUGGGUCAGAGAGUACAGGGUACAUCCCCAGCUACCUGGAGAAGGAUGAACCGUGCGUGGUGUGUGGAGACAAGGCCACUGGCUACCACUACCGCUGCAUCACCUGUGAGGGCUGCAAGGGCUUCUUUCGGCGGACAAUUCAGAAGAACCUCCACCCCGCCUACUCCUGUAAGUACGAUGGCUGCUGCAUCAUCGACAAGAUCACCCGCAACCAGUGCCAGCUGUGCCGCUUCAAGAAGUGCAUCGCAGUGGGCAUGGCCAUGGACCUCGUCCUGGAUGACUCUAAGCGGGUGGCCAAGCGGCGUCUGAUCGAGGAGAACCGGGAGAAGAGGAAGAAGGAGGAGAUGGUGAAGACUCUGCAGAACCGUCCGGAGCCCACCGGCUCAGAGUGGGAGCUGAUCCGCAUGCUGACCGAGGCCCAUCGCCAUACCAAUGCACAGGGCUCCCACUGGAAACAGAAACGCAAGUUCCUGCCAGAGGACAUAGGUCAGUCUCCCGUGGCCCCCACGUCGGACGGAGACAAAGUGGACCUGGAGGCCUUCAGUGAGUUCACCAAGAUUAUCACCCCUGCCAUCACCCGUGUCGUCGACUUUGCCAAAAAACUUCCCAUGUUCUCGGGGCUGCCUUGUGAGGACCAGAUCAUCCUAUUGAAAGGCUGCUGUAUGGAGAUCAUGUCGCUGCGCGCCGCCGUGCGCUACGACGCAGAGAGCGAGACGCUGACCCUGAGCGGCGAGAUGGCUGUCAAGCGGGAGCAGCUGAAGAACGGCGGCUUGGGCGUGGUGUCGGACGCCAUCUUCGACCUGGGCAAGAGCCUGGCGCAGUUCAAUCUGGACGACACGGAGGUGGCGCUGCUGCAGGCUGUGCUGCUCAUGAGCUCAGACCGCUCGGGCCUCACGAGCAGUGACAAGAUCGAGAAGUGCCAGGAGACCUACCUGCUGGCGUUUGAACACUACAUCAACUACCGCAAACACAACAUUCCCCACUUCUGGCCCAAGCUGCUGAUGAAGGUGACGGACCUGCGUAUGAUCGGGGCGUGCCACGCCAGCCGCUUCCUCCACAUGAAGGUGGAGUGCCCAACUGAACUUUUCCCCCCGCUCUUCCUGGAGGUCUUCGAGGACCAGGAAGUGUGAGUGGCGCCCCCCCCCGCUGCCAAAUAGUAGGGUGGCGACUUGGGAAGGAAUGGCUGUUUUUCUGGAGCGGCGGAGGGUUUUGGCAGGACUUGUGUUUCUCCGACAUUUACGUGGUAAACAACAAACAACAGGCAACAACCACACACCAGCAGCAGAGGUCAAACAAACAAUGAUUUUUGCUUUUAACCAACCACCUCUUCGUACCUGUUUUGGGGAAUCAGUUUGGCGGCCCUCCCUGUCUGAGCAGUCUUAUCCAGUGGGAGUUGCAUCCCUUUGCCGAGGCGCGCGCACGCACACGCACACACACUCUGGGUCCCUUCCCAGAGCCUUAUCGGCGGCACCUCAUUUGUCACUCGCCACUAGAUGGUGAUCUUCACAGCUUUGCACCGGUUUGAAAUGAUGGCAACCAUGUUUUAAACUGGUCCGCUAAUUUCAGUCUCAGAAUUAGUGUAAAACAAUAAUUCAAGUGACGCUGUCACACACAAGCAGAGGUCCUGAGCGUGUGCCAUAUAGCGCCUACCAUAGAGCAAAGCUACCAGUACCUACUAUCAUCUCCCAACGCAACUGAGCCAUGAGCGUGAUCAUGUUUGAAACAAGCCAGGUGCUAUGUUUAUAAGUCUCCUUUAAUUGUCUGAAAUGUGUAAAACUACAGACCAUGGCUCCGUAUCUACCUUCAGUUCUGUCAUUAGGCCGGUUCCUGUGACUCACACACACACACACACACACACACACACACACACACACACACACACACACACACACACACACACACACACACACACACACACACUGGGCAGACGUGCCUUGUCAUUGCCUGUGCUGCUGGUGCCAGCAGUAGACCCUCUUAUGAAUGACAAUUGAGCCCUUCUCUCUCCAAGAAAAGUCAUCGCAGUGAAGGAAAGAGGGGAAGAUGGAAGGGGGCCCACUGUCGGGGAGAGUUCUCAGAGGAGUACGAGUGAAAGAGAAGAGGGGAGGAAUAGGAUGAGAGAGAGAGAGAGAGAGAGAGAGAGAGAGAGAGAGUUAAAUCACUGGCAAGUAGACUCCAUAUAGCAUCCAUAUAGACUCCCACACUAUGUCUGAAUAGCAGUGAACAAGGCAGGCAACUCAUGUCUCUCACACACACACACAUCCUCACCUCAGAAACUCAAACGCCAUGUUGACUCUACACAUUGCAGUGAUGUAGCCCUGACCUGCAGGGUAAGUUAGUCCGAGUUUGCGCCUGUGUGACUCAGCUCAGUAUGGCCCCUCCAAGCUUCCAUACUCAGUUGUUAGGGUAGCGGUCACUGAGAAAGGGCAAGGUCAAUGACGUCUGCCAUUUACCUCAAAGUGGGCACACCUUCAAGGCUGGGGAGCCGACAUCGCUCCUGUGCCGACAGGCUCUACCUCACCUCUGGACACAGGGCAGCAGCCCCCAGCCUCCUCACCCACACACACACACACACACACACACACACACACACACACACACACACACACACACACACACACACACACACACACACACACACACACACACACACACACACACACACACACACACACACACACUCUUAAGGAUACUCAACAAACACACAUAUGUGCAUGGGUGGAAACUCAUAAGCACACAUACAUUAAGACAAAUCCCUCAAACACACAAUCUCAGUACUACCACUCAGUUGAAAUGAAAUACCACUGAAGACAGGAGGGCCUGCCCUUCCCUAUGGAGACCUCAUUGGUUUCACUGACUUCUCUCCUCUUUUUCGGGGGAACGGGGGAUGGUAACCAUUACGUUCGGCUUUUCUCUUUUUUGUUAUGUGGGACCAAGUGUCACUAUUCAAAUUUGGAGUCCCUAUUUUGUAUUUUUUUCAGUUGAAACAGAAGCCAAUAAAUCACACGCCGGAGGAAAUGACAUGUACAGUCCAGCUGUCGGCCCUGGAAGAGGAUUGGCUGGAGAAGCGAUACACCGCGAGCAAGCGGAGAACCCCAAGGUUACCGGGCCGUAGACGGGCGGUUUUAGCACUGUUGAGGGAACAAAAAAAAAAGCUCAAAGAGACAACCAAUUUUCAUUGAACGCUAAGCAGUAGUUUGUGAACGACUGAACGAGGCGGCGGGAGGGAUGAAUGGAUGGAUGCGUUUCAGCAUUCCGGGAGCAUGUGGAGGAACGCGUGAGGACAUGGAGCCGAGCGUUGAGUGGGACCAGGAUGGUGGGUAGCAGACGGCCAAGCCGAACUGCAGCAACCUCAACCGCCGUAGGUGGAAUCAACCCGAAAUCAACUGUUACCAGACUUCAGAGCACUCUAGUGGAGCAGCCAGAGCCCCCUCACACUACUGCAGUAGUCCCAACCCCUCUCUCCACCCUCCCCACCCUCAUCAGCAACUAUACAACCCCUAAUCCUCAAACCUAGCUUCAAGUCCUCUGUCAGGCAUGCCCCCUUCUCUGAGAGUCCUGGCCGACUCUGUAUAACAUAGGCCACUGGAACAGGGCUCCCAACUAACCAUGUCACAUUUUCAGUAUUAAACCAACAGACCUCCUCCCCAACCCUCAUCCACUCUGGGCUGGAGACGUCCCUGGGUGAGGGAGGGAUGGUCCGGGGUCUGUUUGUCACUCAUCCACUCUCCUCUCAGCAUUGGUCUCCAAGUCUACCCAGAUCCAGCCCCAGUACAUACUCCUUCCCCUGCCCAACCACCCAUUCACCCAACUCAAUGUAGGAGGCCAACGGUAGGUCUGAAAAAUGUACUCCAAACUGAAUCCAUGCCUCUCCCUUGUGAGACAAGGCUGGCCAUAACCGCUCACUUAGAGCGGCGUUACCGAAUGAAUGUGAACGGCAAAGCAGCAAUGGGAGCGAGUGAAGGAGAGAGCGUAAGGGAGCGGGACAGAAAGAAGGUGGGGGCAUCAGCCCUUCCUUCCGUCCUUCGUAUGGCGUGGGUUGGAGGGGGACCGUCGCCCGUGGUCAAAGCUCCGUUAUGAACUCAGAGGACGGGGAGAUGAUCAGGUGGUCUCCCCCUUUACUCCCUCAUUGAGGCAGCGAGUCCCCACCUUCGGGUCUCCAUAAAGGAGAGCCACCAAAUUUCACAUGGAGACGAUCGGCAACAGAAACAGAAGCGCCAUUCAAUGGAUGCGGGUAUGAAACCCCAAGCUUCGUUGACAAAGAACGAAGUGACAGAAGAAAAAAAAGGUCCUUAGCCGAUUGGGUGUGUGUGUGUGUGUGUGUGUGUGUGUGUGUGUGUGUGUGUGUGUGUGUGUGUGUGUGUGUGUGUGUGUGUGUGUGUGUGUGUGUGUGUGUGUGUGUGUGUGUGUGUGUGUGUGUGUGUGUGUGUGUGUGUGAAAUGGUUGGUUGAAAUGCUGCUUUUACCCUCUGAGUUGAAUUUUUAUUGAGAAAGACAUAUAUGAUGAUAAUGAUUAUGUACCCAGAAAAGUGAAAUGAGGAAUAUAUGACUUUAAAAAGACUCCUGAACAAAA